UCCCCUGCUGCUACGUCACUGUCAUGUUCCGGAAGUGUGAAUCUCAAGCGAAUAUAUCUACACGUCAACAGUCUGCUUACUAGCUGUGCUCGUCAUAUAAAACUACUGAACAGUUUAUAACGCGUUAAAUAUUAAACAACCUUUUCCAGUUGAGAUGGACGCUGAGGGCAGAGGUUCCUUCAGUGAGGGUGGAGCAAGUGGGAGAAGUUUGCCACCAGGCUUGACGGAGGAGGAAGCUGUGGAACUGGAGCUGGAGCUUACUAGGGUGGAGGAUGAAAUUCAGACUCUGAGGCAUGUUCUGACAUCCAAAGAGAGGCAUGCUGGGGAACUGAGGAGGAGGUUGGGUAUAAGCCCUCUGGCUGAGUUAAAAGGCAGCCUCACCAAAGGCUGGCAGGAAGUCCAGACUUCUAAUGCUUAUAUGAAAACCUCACAGACUCUUGGGGAUUUGAAUCAAAGAAUUACAUCAUCUAACGUUUAUCUUACAGCAUCUGCUACUCUGGAAGACAUUAGUCGUUCUGACGCGUAUAAGAAAACUCAGGAGACUCUGUCCCAGGCUGGUAUGAUAACAUCAUCUGCUUUCUCAUCACUGGGUUCAGCCAUCAGAAGCAGACUGGGAGAUAUGAGGAAUUCACCAACAUUUAAAAACAUGGAGGACAAGAUGUCCAAGGCAGCUGGAGGAAGCACGAAGGGCGAAGAUGCAUAACCGCCACCUGGCAGUGGUUCUGAACAGGAAGCACAGAUUCAUCACCAAAAUUGACCUCUGUGACCCAAACUACCCCAAGUCCUUUAAAGCGCUAUGCUGAAAACCAAGAGAUGACAUAACGUUGAAAUAAAUAAUGCUGAACAGUACUAAAGUCCCAAACUGCUGUUAAAGUCUACAACUACAUCUCUGCUGCUUACUUUAAAAGGAGAAACCUUAAACCUUGUGUGGAUUUAAAAAAAAAAAAAUAUCCACAGUGACAGUGUGUGAAUGCAUGAGGCACACGACUUGUACUACUGUUUUGCUCGUUUCGAAUGUAUAAAAACGUUUUCAGAAUGGUGUCUGCUCUGAUAUUACUACUGAUGUAAUUCACUUGUGGUUCCAUGCAGCAUCGUAUACACGCCUACACACUGUGGAUUAAAUGAAAACGCUUCCUUGGUAGUAUAUGUCCCUCCUGUUGCAUAUGAUUAAUGAGAAUGUAACAGAAUGCAUACUACAUCCCUUAUAACUCAGGGCAACAGGUGCUAGUGCAUUGACUAUAAUGUGAUGAAUGAACGAAUGCCUCAUAAACUGUUUUAUGGACUAUGAGGUAAAUGUUUCUGAUUUAAUUAAAAUAAUUAGUCUUUUUUGGGUUAAAUGAAAGACUCUGUUAUGCUUCUUUAUCUGGGUAUUUGGUUAAAUUAUGUUUAUCACUUUUUUGUGUUGUUUUCUGGUGUUACUAUGGUAAAAAGAAAUAUUUAGGUACACUUAAACAUUAAUAAACAACUGUUUGUUUGCUUGGCUGUCCUGAAGUUAGUAUUCAGGAUGUGCUUGAGAGGUUGAGUUAUUUUGGUGGAGGAGGAACUGAAAUAUGUUUUGGGUGGUGUCUAUUUUGCCUGGAUAAAUUAUGCAAAGAUGUUGACUUCAUCCUGAGACUGUUACCUUUAUCCCAUACACAGAUCUGAACAAGUCUGGCUUGUAACAUGUGAUUUUAUUGUAUUUAAAAUUAACAUGGUUAUAAACAUGCUUAAAUAAAUCUAGAGGUGGAAAACA